CUGCUUGUGGCUGGCAACGCUCCAGCCCUAUCCCGGUGUGCCAUCCCCGCCCGGCACUGCAGCUUUGGUCAUAUGAGCAGAAAUGAUAAGGGCACUUUUUCUCCCCCUCCCGCCUCCUUCUUCUUAAUUUUCUUUUUUUGCUGCACUUUGCCUCUCUCUCUCUCUCCCUCUCUCUCUUUUCUUCCCACAGUUGCAAGGAUGGCGAUGACUGACGUGCUCAAAGCGGACGAUAUCAAGAAGGCGGUGGGAGCCUUUGCAGCUGCUGACUCUUUUAACCACAAGAAGUUUUUCGAAAUGGUGGGGAUGAAAAAGAAGAGCAAAGAAGAUGUACACAAAGUUUUCCACAUUCUGGACAAAGAUCGAAGUGGCUUUAUUGAAGAAGAUGAAUUAAAGUUUAUAUUGAAAGGUUUUCUGCCUGAAGGCAGGGACUUGUCUGAUAAAGAAACCAAGACACUCUUGGCUGCUGGAGAUAAAGAUGGAGAUGGCAAAAUUGGUGUUGAUGAAUUCGCAGCCAUGGUGGCUGAAUCAUAAAAGCUUUGACCAAUCAGGACCCUUCCUCCAUCCUUUGCUGCCUGAUUCCAACAGUUCUCUGCUGAUCUCCACCGUUCCUCUUCUGUUUAUUUAUGUUGUUUUAUACUCCAGCUCUGUUCUCUGCAGCCCUGCAACACUGUAAUUGUGCUGAAAGAUGCUGUUAAAACAAUAAAGGUCACAUCAAUCCAGA